AUGGUAUUGAUUGAGGGCCGUCGGCGGGAUCCGCAAGCGCCAGCUCCACAAAAGAGGCCAGCAGAAGAAGCGCUGCAGGCCGCGACCGCCAAGCAGCCUCGGAGCGGAGAAGCCUCGGAGACGCCACAGGUAGCUCCAACAGCAUCUGCACCUGGGUUGCCUCUGCCGGCAGGGGCAGCUUCCUGGCAGAGCGUCCCUGCACUCCUGGGCCCCACGCCUCCACAGCCGCCACCACCAAACCCACAAGCAGCUGCCAUUUUAGCAACUCUGCAAAACGCUGCAACUGCUACCCCGCAGAAUCCGCAAACAGCUGCACUCGCAGCAGCCUUGGCAGCACAAAGCCCAGCCAAUGCCACGCAACCCCCGCCACCAAACCCACAAGCACUUGCCAUUCUCAGCGCUUUAGGUGUAUCCAGUGCUGCAGCAGGCGCUGCCGGAGGUGGUGCAGCACCCGCACCGGCCCCCUUGUCACCACAAGCGCAAGCCGUCAUCGCUGCUCUUGUGGCGGCCAAGUCGUCAGCUGCUACCGCAGUUCCUGCUUCUUCAACUCUAGUUGGACUGCCGCAAGCAACUGCUGGCACGCCCCCUCCAGCAGCACACAUCGACAGCACUGCACAACCCCCACCACCGAACCCACAAGCACUUGCCAUUCUCAGCGCUUUGGGUGGGUCCGCCGCUGCAGCAGGUGCUGCCGCAGGUGGUGCAGCACCCGCACCGGCCCCCUUGUCACCACAAGCGCAAGCCGUCAUCGCUGCUCUUGUGGCGGCCAAGUCGUCAGCUGCUACCGCAGUUCCCGCUUCUUCACCUCUAGUUGGACUGCCGCAAGCAAGUGCUGGCACAGCCGUCACCCCUCCAAAUGCAUCAGGUCAAAUCGACAUCAUUGCCCACCUAGCAGCUUCGGCCAGGAUCAAUGCAGCGAUGAACGCAGCUUAUUCGCCGCCAGAAGAGCAGCAGCCGGCUCCAGCAGCACCGGAGCCAGCUGCUUUUGACAAGGAUGCCUUGCGCCGCCUCGCGCAGCGAGCUGCAGAAGGCCCAAUCGAAGAGGAGCCACCCCCACCGCCGCCACCCGAACCGACAAAGGCAGCUGCCGUCGCUGAGGUGACCCAGCAGGAAGAGCUUCCUUCGGCGGAGGCUGAGCCUUCGGCGGAUGCAGAUGCCGUGGCCCAGGUGAUUGGGCAGCCUGCUCAGCCUGCCCUGGCCCAGGCAGACGAAAUGAAUGGCACAACGCAAGCAGCCCCAGCUGAGGCGAAGAAAAAGGAUUCUUCAUCGAUUGCGACAAUGCUCAGCUACGCGCAGAGCAACGUUGCCAAAGGCAAGGUGCCACCAGACAAAGCGGUAGACACUGCGUCUUUGCAGCAGGCUUUCACGAUUGGAGGCGGAGCAAGUGGCCACUCCUCUGGCUUGAAGGGGUUGUCGCCCGUGGAGAGCCUUUGUCAGAGGCUUGACAGUGCAGGUCCUGACCUCUCUUCGGAGGAGCGCAAGGAUCUACAGCAGCAAGUCAGCGCAAUCUUGCCGAAGCUUGAGCCGCCCAAAGCAGCUGAGCUCAUCGGCAAAAUGCAAGGUGCAGAAGGUAUUCGCAGCUCCUCCUUCUUGGAUGAGAUCGCAAGAUCACUUCAUCCAUCCCGCUUUGCUAGCUCACAUUUGACUCGCAUAAUGGCCUCUCUAGCUCCCUGGGCUGCUGCAGUCAGUGGCAGCGAUGCGGAGGGAAAGAUUAAGCUGUCUGAGGAUGCAAGGUCAUUCUUCACAACGUCGGCAGCAGAACUUUCCUUGAGGCUAAUGGAUGUGGCCCCAAAAGAUUUGAGCCAGAUAGCCACGGCGAUGGCUACUAUCAGCAUGACGGAGGAACGCUUCUUCGCCUCGUUGGCUCGGGCAUCGGUUGCUCGAUGUGAACGUUUCAGCGUUGAGGACAUCCUCCUCGUUUGUGCCGCCUUCGACAAGGCAGGCAUGGUCCACCUGCCCCUCCUGGAGGCGGCCGCGAAGCUGCUGCGGAUACAGGUCACACAGGUGCCCGGCACGGAGCUGGCAAAGGGCUUGCGCAGCCUGGCCACGUGCUCCGUUCGCGACCUUGCUCUUGGCAGAGCUGUUGGUGAACAUUUGGCUGAAGGUCCUAAGGGCGGCCUCACUCCAGAAGAGUUUUGCUCACUUGCUUGGACGUUUGUGACCCUCGGCUUUUAUCACGACCAGAUGUUCCGAGCCGUCUUCAAGGCAUUGGAGGAUGCCCCAACGAUGCCUGGGGACACACUGUGCCAGCUUUACGAGAUCCACCUGGCAUUGAAGGCCUUCCGCAGCGAUCUCUACGGCAAGUUUGAGCUGGAGGAGUCUGCGGUGCAAAGCCUCCGAGCACACUACAAAAAGCAACGUGGUGGCAAGGUCAGAGAUAUGAAAUUGGACCGCUCGGUGGAGAAGGUCUGCAAGGACAUCGCCGAUUCUUUGCAGAAGGUGGUCAGCGGAUCAGUUUCGAGACAACAUCAGACCGAGCUCGGCAUGGCCGUUGACAUCGCCGUCUCCGCCAAGAGGGGCUCCAAACCCAUCGUCUUCAUCGAGGUCGAUGGAUCGCACUCGCUGAUGAAAACGCUGGACCUGACAGGGCCGACGACAUCGCAGAUCUCCAGAGUACGUGGACCUGUCUUGUUGAAGAGGUACCUGUUGCAGAAGCAUGGCUUCCGGAUCGCUGUCGUGCCGGAAGACUUCUGGCGGAGCUUACCAGACAGCAGAGAGAAGCGGGACUUCUUGCGAGAGUUGCUGCGGUUCCUUCGUAUCAUGGACAUGUUACAGCUGGGCUUGCGGGAGAGUCACCUGCAAGUUCUUAUGGAGGCCUACUGCGAUCCUAGUGGCAGAGAGUUCAGCUACCUGGACUUUUGCAACUCUGUUCGUCGUCGAGCUUCCGAAGUGGUGAGCACUCCAAGGAGAGUGUACGAAGGGUCGGAGCCUUCGAGGUACUUCACACGCAAGGGGAAGGUGAUCCCGCUGGCGAGACAAGCGCCACUCUCCGCGAGGCCGGAUACUCAGAUGCGCAACACGCCGGGUAGGUGUGUCAUGACCGAUCCGGGCGUAGUGCCUCCAAACUGGGGCUUCUACAUGGGUGAUGAGACCAAGCGAAGAAGGUACUGCAAAAUGUGCAAUGUCUGGAAGCCUGACCGGACACACCACUGUAGUAUUUGCAACCGUUGCAUCCUGAACAUGGACUGGUUGGGGAAUCGGCAAACCGGCGAUUGUUUGUGCAAGCUUCCAUCGCUGCUCCGCCGGUGUGUCGGUUCAAGGAAAGAGAGGGCAACAUCUGAUGAUAAAUUUACGAUCUACAUCAGCCGUGCCACAUGGCUAUCUUUUGUCAUGCUGUGA